CAAAUAAAGAAAGGCAAAUGGCAGACUGCGCUGCGGUUUCUCUCCCUCCUGGCCUCCCUUCCCCUUCGCCUUCGUCUCCGCCUCCCGUCUUCCUCCACAAUUCGAUUCCCCUCCCCAAGAACCCCACCCCCAUGACGAGCUCCUCCUCUCCUUCCCGAAAGGCGCUGAGCAAGAUCGCUUGCAAUCGGCUGCAGAAGGAGCUAGCCGAGUGGCAGCUCAGCCCCCCGGCCGGGUUCAAGCACAAGGUCUCCGAUAAUCUCCAAAGGUGGGUGAUUGAGGUAACCGGAGCGGCAGGCACCCUCUAUGCCGGCGAAACCUACCAGUUGCAGGUUGACUUCCCUGAGCAUUAUCCCAUGGAGGCACCUCAGGUCAUUUUUCUCAAUCCUGCUCCCAUGCAUCCACACAUUUACAGCAACGGCCACAUCUGCUUAGAUAUCUUGUAUGACUCGUGGUCACCAGCGAUGACUGUGAGUUCUGUCUGUAUCAGUAUACUGUCUAUGUUGUCUAGUUCGCCAGCAAAGCAACGUCCGGCAGACAAUGACCGCUAUGUUAGGAACUGCCGCAAUGGGCGGUCGCCGAAGGAGACCAGAUGGUGGUUCCAUGAUGACACAGUGUGACGAGCAUCGUGGGCAUUGCCUGCCAGCCUUCAUUACCAUGAUAUAUCUCUUCCAAGGGGAGAUGAGAUGAUUUAGGCCUAUUCCUAAGCACCCCUCUAUUGGACUGCGAGGCUUACCUUGCUGUGGUGGUAUGUAAAUGAGUUGCACACAUGUGUCAGUCUGAAAAUAUAUAUUAUCACCACCAAUGAUAUAUAUAUAUAUAUAUAGAAUAAGCAAGAGUGUACCGUGCCUGAAUAACUGAAGACGAGCUCAAAAGGAAUAUGCAGUUUUAACUA